UCCACUAUUUAGAAUCAAAAUUCCUUUCAUCAAACCAACAGCACAGCCAUCGAAACAGAAAACCAUUUCUCUACAACAGUAUACCAUUUAUCAUUGAUAUCACACAAAAUGCAGAUGCUAAGCAGUGUUUUACAAAACCGAUCACACAAUUCUCUAACUGAAGUUACAAUUCUCUACAAACAUCAAAAAUAUUUUGUGUAACUCAUGUCUACAAAAAAAAUAAUCUUCUCACAGUGGAUAACACUUACUCCUCAUAAACUUAGACCAUAGCUACACUAAUUGACACUUGAUGUGCAAAAUAUUAACACUUGUUAUCAGACAAUCACCCCAUUGAAAAAGGUAACUGCAUGGAAUGUACUGUAUACCUUACAGUAAUGAUGUUACUGUUAGCUGAUAUCAAUGACUUUCCUAUAGUAAUUGUAAUUAGUGAGAAUCCUAUAAAAGACCUCCCUCACUUCAGUAAGAUGUUUGUGUGAACAAAAUGGCUGAUCGAGUAGGUAGAGGAGCUCUGAGAGGAAGAAGGAACCCUGUUGUUCAGCGAGGAAGAGGGAGGGCUGAUGUUCAGAGAGGAAGAGGGAACCCUGUUGUUCAGAGAGGAAGAGGGAACCCUGUUGUUCAGAGAGGAAGAGGGAACCCUGUUGUUCACAGAGGAAGAGGGAGGGCUGAUGUUCAGAGAGGAAGAGGGAACCCUGAUGUUCACAGAGGAAGAGGGAGGGCUGAUGUUCAGAGAGAAAGAGGGAACCCUGAUGUUCACAGAGGAAGAGGGAGGGCUGUACGUAUGCGUGGUGGAAGAGUUGAAAGGGGACCAAUGCGAACAGUAGUUUCGGACAACACCCGUGCAACUAUUGUGGACCACGUCAUAAACCAUGGCAUGUCCCUCAGUGAGGCUGGCCAAAGGGUUCAGCCCAAUAUACGGAGAUCAACAGUGGCAUCCAUUAUUAGGAUCUUCAGGCACGAAAAUAGAACUGAAAGAGCACCCCGCUCUGGUGGCAGAGGAAAGGCCUUUACUCCAGAACAAGAGUCUGCCAUUGUUGAUAUGGUUGUGGCCAACAAUGAAAUCCGCUUAAGGGAGAUUCAGGCCAGAAUAAUUGCAGACCAGGAUGUCUUCAGUAACAUUCCAUCUAUAAGUGUUGCAACCAUUGACUGGGUGUUAAAGAGGCACCACCUCAGAAUGAAACAGAUCUAUAAGGUUCCUUUUGAACGCAACUCUGACCGUGUGAAGGAGUUGACCUCAAUCACAGUGAUGGCUUGCCUAUAUUUUUAGUAUGUCGGACUGCUUACAGUAAUGUAAAACGGUCCUCUGUUUGUUUCAUUUUCUUUAGCGAAUGAUGGAGCUGGAAGGCAAUGCAUUACCACAUGUGUUUGUAUAUGUGGAUGAAGCAGGCUUCAACCUCUCCAAAGUGAGGAGACGUGGGAGGAACCUUAUUGGGCAAAGAGCAACAGUCUUUGUUCCAGGCCAAAGGGGAGGAAACAUAACAAUGUGUGCGGCUAUCUCGACACAAGGCGUCCUUGCUCACAUCCCUGUAAUGGGAGCAUAUAACACGCAACGUGUCCUUGCGUUCCUGGAUGCCCUGUAUGACCGACUUGUGCCACCAGAAGAGAGGGAUCAAGUGAAGUCGGUUCAUUACAUUGCAUUUAGCUGACGCUUUUAUCCAAAGCGACUUACAAUAAGUGCGUUCGACCAACAAAAUACAACUUGAA